AUGAAACAGCGCGCGGAUGGUGUUGAGAAGCCGGAAUUUCGGGUCCCGAUCAUGAUACCAUCGUUCAUUCUCAUACCCCUUGGACUUUUAGUUUAUGGAUGGGCAGCUCAAAAGCAUGCACCUUGGAUCGUCAUCGACCUUGGAGCUUUUGUAUUAUGUUUUGGUGUGCAGAUUGGUGGAAAAGCAUUGCAAGCAUACGUUAUCGAUUCAUAUCCAGACCAUACGAGUUCUGCAUCUGCUGCAUCACAAUUUCUGCGCAGUUUAACUGCUUUUGGGUUUCCUUUGUUUGCACCGAGGAUGUAUCAAGUGUUGGGGCAUGGGUGGGGAAAUACCACAUUGGCGUUUGUUGCUAUUGCCAUUGGCGUACCAGCGCCGUUGGGUAUAUGGCGGUACGGUCCGCGAUUAAGUGCGAAGGCUUUGUCGAGUUAUUGA